AGUUUCCGAACAUUCAGAUCAUGAUCGGGUUAACCCGAUCAUAGUUUCAGAAAAGUCCUUUUGCCAAGUUUUCUCCUAUAUGAAAUAUUUAUUUCUCCUUACCUCAACCGUCCAUUAUCCAAGGUGAUAGUUUCCGAGAAGCCCACAAAUCACCUUGAUUAUUUUUUAUUUAUAAUUUUAAUUAUAGUGUAGAAAAUAUAUAGAAUACUAUUCGGGAUUUUUGCAAUUUUUGGUUAGUAUGUCACUUUGACAAAUGGAUCAAAAUUGAACAUGCAAGUAUUACUGUCAUCAGUCAACAGUUCAACACCUGUUUUUUGUCAUAGUAGACACGUUACUUUAGAUUUGUAAAUAAAUUAUUAAGACGAUAAAAACCACUUCAAUUAUGUUAUAAUGGCAAGCCCUGGGGAAGAAAGUCACUGGAUUACUGAUUUAGAAAAUGCCUUGUUAGAAGAAUGUUCAGCAACCGAUAUUUAUUGUAUUUGUAAAGGUAAUGCACUUCCAGAUAAUCUUAGGUCUGAUGUAUGGCAGAUAUGCCUAGAUGUUAGAGAUAAGGGAAAUCAAUUGGAUCAUUUCAAUGAAGUUUAUGAUUUACCAAAUCAAACUGUACUAAGGGAAGACUGUGCAAAUUUUGUAGCUAAAUUAGGAAAUGAGGAAGAUGAUAAAUUAUCCGUUAUAUCAGAUUUGGAAUCAAUUAUUACAUUUUAUUGUAAAAGCCGGAAUAUUUCAUACAUUAGAAAUAAUGGUUGGAUAGAACUGUUAGCUCCAAUUUUAACAUUAAAAACACCAAGAUCUACAACAUAUAACCUGUUUGAAGCAAUAAGAGACACUUUUGUGCCUCAAAGUUGUCAAACUGAUGGGAAUGCAUUUCACAUUUUAAGAUUACUACUUCUAUAUCACGACCCAGAAUUAUGUUCAUUUUUAGACACAAAAAGAAUAACACCAGAUCAGUAUUGCACCUCAUGGUUUCAGUCACUUUUUGCUGCUACUUGUAAUUUAGAAGUGGUGAUUAACAUGUGGGACUAUUACUUCCAACAAUCUGAUCCUUUCUUUAUAUUCUUUUUAUCACUUAUUAUGGUGGUUAAUGCUAGAGAUCAGAUAAUUUCUAUGAAAGAUGAAAGUAGAGAUAAAAUAAUAACCAGUCUUUCUAAUAUGCCAUGUGGUCUUGAAGCAGAUGAUGUUUCGGACUUUUGCACUUUGGCACAAUAUUAUGCAUUAAAAACUCCAGUUUCUUUUCGUAAUGAUCUAUUGCAGACCAAUUACAAUACCAGAGGGGAUAACUUAGUUUCACAAGCUUUGUGUCUACCAGUUACUGUACAUGAGUUAGUAGAAAAUACAACUCAUGAAACUACAAAUGUAGAUGCUGUUAGAUUCUUUCUAGUUGAUUGCAGGCCCAUUGAACAUUAUAAUGCUGGUCAUUUGCCGACAGCUUUCCAUUUAGAUUGUAAUUUAAUGUUGCAAGAACCUAGUGCAUUUGCUACAGCUGUACAAGGGUUGCUCAGUGCUCAGAGACAAGCACUAGCGCACAAGUCUAAUGCAGGUGGUGAACAUUUAUGCUUUUUGGGGUCAGGAAGAAAUGAAGAAGACCAAUAUACACAUAUGGUGGUUGCUUCUUUUCUUCAAAAACACACCCAGUACGUAUCUUUAUUAAUGGGAGGCUACAUUGCUGUGCAUAAUUACUUUUCGGAUAACAUCGACGAAUUUCUACAAGAUCACAAUCCCAAAAACUGUGUAGUUUGUGCGCCUACAUUCUCUUUGAAAAUAGCACAAAGUAUUCAAAAACCAUCACAGUCCAACGAUCUUUUCGGAAAAAUUUCCGCUGCUAUGAAAUCAAAAUCUGCAGAAGUUAAGGGUAAAUUAAUAGAUUAUAUCGUAAACCCUAAUGGUAGUCCUAUGCCAGAAAGACAUGUAUCUAGUACUGAUAAAAUUGGGAAGAGAUACAGGGAUGUUGCUCCAGUAUUCAGUAUCGACGAUGAUCAUGAUAAUGUCGCAAAUGAACAUGUCGACAUUGAAGAAAGGCAAGAACUCGUACAAAUUCAGGCUUACCUAAAGAAACCAGAGGUUAUUGAACACUUUCCUUGUCAAGAAGUCAAAGUAAAUGGCUUCAUGUACAAGAGUCACUUAAUUGUUACACACACUGAAUUGGUAGUUUUGAGAGAAAUACCAGAUAUUAAAGGAGCUGCAGAAAUAAUCGUUAAACGACCAUUAUCAGCUAUAGUGAAAAUCACAGCUAGAAAACGACACCCCGAAUUAAUUACUUUCAAAUAUGGUGUACCAGAUGGGGAUAAUUUGAAAAUUAAUGAUAUGGAUAGGUUUUUAAUACCAAAUGCCGAUAAAGCUACUAAAACCGUUUCCGACCAAAUUCUCAAUCAACUUAAAGCUAAGGAGUGACCUCACAACAACCUAAAUAAGCUAAAUAAUUAUUUAUUGUUAACUUUAUAGUGCAUUAUUACUUAAUAGUUCUAAAGGUUCCAAUAUUUUAAAUAUGUUGACUAAA